AUGUCGAAAAACACAGUUGUUGAACUGAAUGAAGUUGUUGGAUGUCAUCUAUUAAAAUUUCUUAAUGGAAUAGAUGCGACCAAUUUUAUUGAAGCAGUAGAUAGUACCAAACAAUUUGGGUCAAUUGCAAAAACACUCGAUCAUCAUUUUAUUAGAUUGAUCAGUUUAUUCUGUGAUUAUCAGAGAAUUUUACUCCCCCGUGCUUCAUUCGAAUGUUUCAUGGGCGAAAGUGAAAUUGAUGAUGAACGCCUUGUUGUAGGCUCAACACGUUAUUCUUCUGUUAUUCAGCCGUCUGAACGUUUAUAUAUUCAUCCAUGCUUUGGUCUUGAAGGUUUUUCGAAGUUGCGUGAAGUGUAUCAGACUUCUCUUUUUAAAUGCUAUUGUCGACUUUUACCGUUGAACACUGUCUGGUAUUAUGCGGAUUUCUGA